CAAGUUUAUUUUAAAAAUUAGAUAAAAUAUUUUUAUUAUUUUUAAAUAGAAAUUACUAAUAUAAUAUUAAUUUCUUAGAUUCAUUUGACGUUAUAGUAAAAAAAAAAAAAAGUAUUCCUGUAUCGCACACUUCCGGUCACCAGGGGCGUGCCUGACCCCGCCCACUUGGGCGUUCCCGGGAGUUUUCCUUUUUUUUUUAUUUGAAUCCUCCCUCCCUCCCUUCUUUAGAGUAACGUGUCUGCGGCCAGCGCCGCGUUGUCAUUGUAUUCAGAGGGACAAUAACGUGGUCAGCACAGCAGCAGCACCUCCAGCUUCACUGCUACUUCACGGUUCUGAGCGUCAUUGAACGCCUCACAAAGAAGGAGCCAAUCAGAAGCCAGGACGCUCCUGCCAGUCUGUCGUCCGUUUGUCUUCCUAAACAAAACAGCCGAAGCGACGGUUCUCCUCCCGGAAUCACGCAGAUAGAUCCACGCAGGCGGGGAGAGCAGCAGCAGACGCCCGCACACGACACACUUCAGCGACACAGAAGAAGUUUGUGACCAGACAAGUUUCUGGCUUCGGUCGGUUUUUGGUGACGAUCACGUCAGGAGCUUCAGAGGCCAGCCUGUCCUGAGCGGUCAUGUCAGCCAAAGCCAUCUCUGAGCAGACGGGGAAGGAGUUCCUCUCCAAGUUCCUCUCCACGUCGGCCGCCGUCCAGAACAGAUUUCGCUAUGCUAACGUGACCCCGGAGACCAACUUGGACAAACUGACGCAGGAGCAUCCGUGGCUGCUCACAGAGCGACUGGUGGUGAAGCCGGACCAGCUCAUUAAACGGCGAGGAAAGCUGGGCUUGGUUGGCGUCAACCUGGACCUGAACGGUGUCAAAAACUGGCUCAAGCCCCGCCUGAAUAAAGAGGCGACGGUGGGGAAAGCAAAGGGAAUUCUCAAGAACUUCCUCAUCGAGCCGUUUGUCCCUCACAAGCAGGAGGAGGAAUUCUACGUGUGCAUCUAUGCCACUCGAGAGGGCGACUAUGUGCUGUUUCACCAUGAAGGGGGGGUGGAUGUUGGAGACGUCGAUGCUAAAGCCCAGAAGAUGCUGAUCAGAGUGGAUGAGAAGAUGGAUGAAGAUCAGGUGAAGAAGGCUCUGCUGACCAAAGUGCCCAACGACAAGAGAGCGGUUCUGGCCAGCUUCAUAGUUGGACUCUUCAACCUGUACGAAGAACUCUUCUUCACAUACCUGGAGAUCAAUCCUCUCGUUGUCACAAAAGAUGGAGUUUACGUCCUGGACAUGGCAGCAAAGAUCGAUGCCACUGCCGACUACAUCUGUAAAGGCAAAUGGGGAGACGUGGAGUUUCCUCCCCCCUUCGGCAGGGAGGCUUAUGCUGAGGAAGCUUACAUCGCGGAUCUCGAUGCAAAAAGUGGCGCCAGCCUCAAGCUGACCCUGCUGAACCCUCGAGGCAGAAUUUGGACGAUGGUGGCAGGAGGAGGAGCCUCGGUGGUAUACAGUGACACAAUCUGCGACCUGGGGGGGGUGGAGGAGCUGGCCAAUUACGGCGAGUAUUCAGGAGCGCCGAGCGAGCAGCAGACCUACGACUACGCCAAGACCAUCCUGUCUCUGAUGACCCGAGAGAAGCACCGUGAUGGAAAGGUUUUGAUCAUUGGAGGAAGUAUAGCCAACUUCACAAAUGUUGCAGCAACAUUUAAGGGGAUUGUUAGGGCGAUAAAGGACUAUCAGGAGCCCCUGAAGGAGCAUGAAGUCACCAUUUUUGUCCGGGAAGACCACCGGAAUCCCGAUUCAUGUGUUUGGCACAGAAACACACAUGACGGCCAUCGUCGGCAUGGCUCUAGGUCACAGACCGAUCCCCGUCCAGCCGCCGGUCGCCGCCCACACCGCCAACUUCCUCCUCAACUCCAGCGCCACAUCGACUCCAACAUCAAGAAGAAAAGAUGCUACUCCUGUGCAAAAAGCCAAAGUUGAAGGUUCUCCAUCAAAGAAAAUCAAAGCUGGGACUUCUGUUGCAAAAUCAACAGUCCUCUUCACCAAACAAACAAAAGCGAUGGUGUGGGGAAUGCAGACCCGCGCGGUGCAAGGCAUGCUGGACUUCGACUACGUUUGCUCCAGAGACGAGCCGUCCGUUUCGGCUCUGAUUUACCCCUUCACUGGAGACCACAAACAAAAGUUCUACUGGGGACACAAGGAGAUUCUCAUUCCCGUUUACAAGAACAUGGGCGACGCCAUGAAGAAGCAUCCCGAUGUGGACGUUCUCAUCAGCUUUGCGUCUUUGCGUUCAGCUUUUGAGAGCACCAUGGAGACCAUGGAGUACCCACAGAUCCACACCAUUGCCAUCAUUGCUGAAGGAAUCCCCGAAGCACACACCAGGAAGAUCAUUAAAGCGGCUGACGAGAAGGGGAUUACCAUCAUCGGCCCAGCGACCGUUGGAGGAAUAAAGCCGGGCUGUUUCAAGAUCGGGAACACGGGUGGAAUGUUGGAUAACAUCCUCGCCUCCAAGCUGUAUCGCUCGGGCAGCGUGGCGUACGUGUCCCGCUCGGGCGGCAUGUCCAACGAACUCAACAACAUCAUCUCCCGCACCACGGAUGGCGUUUUUGAGGGCGUGGCCAUCGGCGGGGACAGAUACCCGGGUUCUGUGUUUACGGACCACGUGCUGCGAUACCAAGAUACUCCAGGAGUCAAGAUGAUCGUCGUGUUGGGAGAGAUCGGCGGCACAGAAGAAUAUAAGAUCUGUGAGGCUAUCAAACAGGGAAGAGUCACCAAGCCAGUGGUGAGCUGGUGUAUCGGCACUUGUGCCACCAUGUUUUCCUCAGAGGUCCAGUUUGGUCACGCCGGAGCGUGCGCCAACCAGGCGUCUGAGACCGCCGUCGCUAAGAACAAAGCCCUGAAAGAAGCUGGCGCUUUUGUACCCAAGAGCUUCGACGAGCUGGGAGACGUCAUCAAAAAUGUGUAUGAUGAUCUUGUUGCCAAAGGAGUUAUUCAGCCAGCAGAAGAGGUGCCUCCUCCCACCGUGCCGAUGGAUUACUCCUGGGCUCGGGAGCUGGGUCUGAUCCGUAAACCGGCCUCCUUCAUGACCAGCAUCUGUGAUGAGAGGGGUCAGGAGCUCCUCUACGCCGGCAUGCCCAUCACCGAGGUCUUCAAGACAGAAAUGGGUCUUGGAGGAACCCUGGGGCUGCUCUGGUUCCAGCGGAGGUUACCGCGGUACGCCUGCCAGUUCAUAGAGAUGUGUCUGAUGGUGACGGCAGAUCACGGCCCUGCAGUCUCUGGCGCUCACAACACUAUUGUCUGCGCUCGAGCCGGCAAGGACCUCAUCUCCAGCCUGACUUCAGGCCUCCUCACUAUUGGGGACCGCUUUGGGGGCGCUCUGGAUGCUGCGGCGAAGCAGUUCAGUAAGGCUUUUGACAGCGGGAUGCUGGCCAUGGAGUUCGUCAAUAAGAUGAAGAAGGACGGCAAGUUGAUCAUGGGAAUCGGGCACAGAGUCAAGUCGAUUAAUAAUCCUGACAUGAGAGUCCAGAUCUUGAAGGACUUUGUGAAGCAGAAUUUCCCCUCCUGCCAGCUGCUGGACUACGCUCUGGAAGUGGAAAAGAUCACCACUUCUAAAAAGCCAAACCUGAUCCUGAAUGUAGAUGGUUUCAUUGGUGUUGCCUUCGUGGACCUGCUCAGAACUUGUGGCGGAUUUACAAGGGAUGAAGCGGACGAGUUUGUAGACAUCGGUGCUUUAAAUGGAAUCUUUGUUUUGGGGCGCAGCAUGGGGUUCAUUGGGCACUACCUGGACCAGAAGAGGCUGAAGCAGGGUCUGUACCGUCACCCGUGGGACGACAUCUCCUAUGUGCUUCCAGAGCACAUGUCCAUGUAGUGAUCUUCAUCAUCCAGGGCAUUCACCGGUCCCUCUGGCCUCGCUGUUGAUUUCCUCUACAUCUUAAAAAUGUUAGAAUUAAUAUAACUUACAAUUGCACUAAGAAAAAACUGUAAGAAACCGUAAAAUCCUGUCAGUGCUGCAUCUGUGUGGAUGUUGGUAAAACUGGAUUAUGUUUGUCAUAGAAAAACCAGCUCUCCAGAUGUUUGUGUUGUGAUUUGUCGCCUUAAAUGUAAAGUCACCAUAAUAUCCAAGCAUGUGUGUCUUUUUCACAGACUGCUGUGUCUGUGCAGCGCUCUUCCUUGUGCCAUUUGGAAAUCAGAACAUGCAGUACUGUAGAGAAGUCUUAUUUUAUUACAUGUAUCAGAGACAAUAAUAUAAGUGAAUGUCUAAGAUUCUUUUACAGUGUGUUCAAAGCAGUGCCAAAACUAAAAUGAUACUGUGAGCUUUGUCUUUCUGCUUUGUGAGUCAUGCUGCUGCUAGUGUUGUACUCAGAAGUCAUCCUCUUUUAGCCGGUAUAAACACAUGGAAGUAUGUGCUCAAAAUAAAACAUGGAACAAAAAAAAUA